AUGUCCGGACGCAGAAAGCAGGGAGGCAAAGCUCGGGCCAAGGCCAAGUCGCGCUCGUCCCCCGCCAUUUGCAGCUGGCCGCGAGUGACGCGGAGCUCAAAGAAUUACUCAGGGGGUGUUACCAUCGCCCAGGGCGGCGUCUUAACCAAAAUCCAGGCCGUCUUGUUGCCUAAGAAACGGCGAGUCACAAGCCUGGCAAAAACAAGUAA